AAAAUCUCCGGCCCUGGCCCCUUUACAUGCCUUUUGGCAUGGAGACGUGCCUGGCUCCGUUGAGAGCCUGGCUCCGCUGCACGCGCCGGGCGGAAGAAAAGGUGAGCCAUGCGUUGGCAGGGCUUUCGAAGGCGAGCGCACGAAAUCCAUGGAAGUGCUUGGCACUGAGUUUCCUGGGCUGCCUGCUUUGUGGCCUUGGCUUUCUUCGAUUCAACUCCAUCAGUGAUGCCACAGAAUUGUGUGUCGAUCAGCAUUCGCAGCAGAUGAAAAACAUGAACUGGGCCGAUCAAUACUUUGAUGGUUUCGGGAGGCCGAAUCGAUUGCUGAUCACUGCAAAAGAUGGAGGGAAUGUCUUAGAGAUAGACAAGAUGACUGAGAUUCUUCAGAUUGCUGAUGACGUGAGGGCACUAGUGGAUGAGUCUGGCAAGAAGUUUGAAGAUGUCUGCCUGGAUCUAGGGAAUGGCUGCUUCAAUUCAGGAGUGCUCAGAUACUUUGGAACCACUGCACAGUUCAACAGUGCAGUACAAAGUCAAGCAGAUAUUCUGGAAGCAGUCAACAAGGCCACCUUCCCUGACGGUCAAGAUGCCUUUGCCUCGGACAGCAUGGGUGGCAUUCAGCGAGACAUCAACGGCAGUGUGAUCAGUGCCACAGCGGUGCGAGUGGACUUCGUCCUCUAUGCGGAGUGGGAAGAUAUGGACACCUGGGAAGGAGCGCUCACAUUACAUUUCACCAAACACGACCUCACGGAGCAACGCUAUGAGAAGGUCAAUGUCUACCUGCAGGCCGAACGCUCUCGAGAUGAUGAGUUGAACCGGACCGUCCAAGCGGACAUUCCGCUCUUCGCCUUGGCCUUUGUCUUGAUGUCCACCUUUUGCGCCUGUUUCCUGGGAAAAACCGCCUCCUGGACCCAGAGUCGGCGCUUGCUAGGCGUCGCCGAGUUCCUCCUGGUGAUCUUCGGAUGCAUCGCGGGCUAUGGCACUGCCAUGCUGGUGGGCGUGCCCUUUACGGUUCUGCACCAGAUCCUGCCGUUCAUCUUGGUGGGGAUUGGCAUUGACGACGCCUUUGUGAUUUGUGGUGCCUUUGAUGGCACGCCCAAGACGUUGAGCUAUCCUAAGCGCAUCGAAGUGGCGGUGCAGCGCGUGGGUGUUUCUAUCACUUUGACGACGCUCACAUCGUUGGCCUCAUUUCUCCUGGGUGCUACCUGCGUCUUCCCAGCGGUGCAGUGGUUCUGUUACUACGCGGCCUCUUGUUGCUUCUUCAUUUGGCUGCUCCACCUGACCGCCUUCCCAGCGCUCUUAGCCCUGGAUGCACAUCGUGCCGGUCUCACUCCACCCCGACUGGAUCCCUGCGCCUGUUUUGCGGCCAGGUCUUCCUGCAUGCCGGGCGUGCUACCGGUUUGGGACGCCAACGGUGAAGAAGCUGCCCCGGAGGAGUCUAAGUUGGGCAAGGGGCUCUGCAUGAUGAUUCGCUUCCUUACCAGCCACGUCGCUGGCAUCGUGGUCACGCUUCUGCUCUUCUUGGCGGUGGCUGGCAUCGCUGCAUGGCAGGUGAGCAACGGAUUAGGUACCGACUUUGACAUCAUGGACUUGACGCCGGAUCAGAGUUUUCUGCGGGACUUCUACAACAAGGAACAAGAGCACUUUGGUGGCUUGUCCACAGGUGGAUUGGCGCUGCCAACCAAUUACUAUAUCAGAGACGUGAACUUUAGCACUGUAGAAGUGCAAAGAAGCAUGGAACAGGUGGGCGCAGAGAUGUUGGCUCUGAAGUCCAUCAAUAGUGAACGAGGCUUGAAGAGUUGGCACACCAUUUUUACCCUCUGGGCCAACCAAUAUAAAGGCACCAGCGCCUCGUUGCCCUUGGAGGCCUUUGUGGCGGUGGACGUGAACCGUGACGGCUGCGCCGCAGGAUUGCCCAAAGGCAUCAGCAGCUGCGCGACUCAUUUCCUGACGGGACCCACAUUUCCCAAUGCGGUCUUAGAGUUUCUCUGGACCAGUAUGGGCGCUCAAUUCGAUGGUGACAUCCAUUGGGAAGGACACGACAUCUCUGUGAUUCGCCUUCGUGCCACGCACGUGGAUACGGUGAGCAGCGAAGAGCAAGUCGAAGGUCUGGAAGAAGCGGAGAAGCUGACGGAGAAAUGGCAGGACGCUCUACCGGGAAGUUUCAUGAGUUCCGGAGCGUACAUCUUCUUCGAUCAAUAUAGGAUCAUUGUGGCGCAGAUGACCAGCAGCAUCGGUUUGUGUUUGGGUGCUGUCACGGUGAUCAGUGCGCUGAUUCUGGGGCACCCGCUCUCGGUGCUCACCGUGAUCAUCGUGCUGGGUUUGGUGUUUGUCGACCUGAUGGGCAACAUCGUUUUAUGGGACUUGGACCUGAACUCCAUCUCGAUGAUCAAUCUGGUGAUGGCUGUAGGACUGGUCGUGGACUAUAGUAUGCACAUGGCACAUAACUUCAGCCUUCAAGACAGCAUGUUGCCGCGCAAGCAGAGAGCUGAACUUGCUGUGAGGGAAUCUUGGUCCAUCUUGGUCUGUCAUGGUUUGUCCGGUUGUGGUGAUAUGAUAUGGUGGUGGUGUUGGUGGCAACGUCGAGAAAACAUGAGAACACAUGACUGA